AUGUCAUCGAGAAUCAAAUCAAUGCGAGUGGCUUUGCGUGAAAACCUUGAAAAAUUGAAAACACCAGGAAAAUGGGAACAUAUAACACAACAAAUUGGGAUGUUUUCUUAUACUGGAUUGACCCCUGAACAAGUGGGUCAUUUGAUAAAAGAGCAUAAAGUAUUUCUCUUGAAAGAUGGUCGAAUAAAUAUUUGCGGUCUGAAUCCUACAAAUGUCGCUUAUGUUGCUCAAGCAAUUUAUGAUACAGUUUCUAAUAUUAAAUAG